AUGUUAUCCACUAUUCCGCCUCCCCGUCCCGUCUCGGUCAAUUCGCUGGCGAGAGCGUCCGUGUCGUCCAUUCCAUACUCCAAACCCACCCGUUGCACCAGCGCCGAAUAUCAGGCCCACGAUGAUCCCUCCCCGCCUCUUCCUCCGCCCUCCGCCCCUGGUCAGCUGGCCUGCCAGUCUCCCAUAGAUACCGAGAUGGACGAGGCCGUCCUUCAGAUCGACCCCGUCGAGACGUCCGACCAGCCCGACCUGCGAUUUGAGGACCUGCCCAUUGAGAUUCACGAGGCUAUCCUGGACUAUCUGUUCGGGGAACGCACAUCCGCUCUGACCACCGCAGGUCCGGGCAAAUCGUCGGCUCGGAGUUGGAACAAAUCCCUACGUCAUCCGCGUCGGAAGGCUCUGUCGAACCUGUCGCUCAUCUCGCCGGUAUGGAGGUCGUUGGUGCAGGAGCGGAUCUACAGACACGUCAAAAUCAAGGGCACUACCGACGAGUUGGACGAAUGUGCUCAUUGGUUUGCAUUGCAUCCUCAUCUCGCCCCGUACGUCCGUCAGAUCGAGAUGUGGAUCCCCGUCUGGGGAAAACGGACCACCAAGAGCGCCCCGCAGCAGAUCCCCUCGCGUCGGUAUCACGGCUGGGAGGGCAGCGUCGACUGGGCCGACGUGGCCGGCACGCAGACCGACGUCGCCGAUCCUCCCAAUCGCAGCGGCGACUAUAAAUAUCACUACGCCAGUCACAACGCGACGCUGGCCGAGAUUUUCAGUCAUGUCAAGAGCUGCUUCCCCGAGGCCCGCAUUCUGACCCUGGAAGGAGGUCACUGCAAGCGACCUCCCAUGAUUCACCAUUUCCGCGACGACCCCGCCGGCAUGUCGGGCCAAGCUCUCCCCUGCCUGCCGGACAUUCAGGCGUUUGUCAUGCGCGGCGCCUGGAACAUCAUGCGAAGCCCGCAGCAUUGGCAGACGCUGUCGAACGCGCUGCCGGGGUUGCGGGAGUGGCACUGCGCCUACGCCAAGCCCAAGGUGGAGGGCUACGACACCAUCGCGGCCAUCCUGCGCCGACUGCCCUCGUCCCUGGUGCACGUCAACAUCAGUCUCGAGGGGUUCUACAACAAGGAUAAUUCGCAAUCUGGCUGGCUCGGCGAGGGGAUCAACGUGCAGCAUCUGUGUCGGCUGCUGGGUGACGUGGCGCCGCGAGUCGAAUCGCUGGCCUUUACGGGGAAUGUCUGCGCGUCGAUUUUCCAGGCGGCGCGCACCAUGUCGACGAACACGCUCUUCACCUCCAAAUCGAAACUCAAGUCCCUCGACCUGGUAGUCAAAACCUGCUGCCGCGAGAAACGCACCGGCUCGUCCUCCAACCUCCCCUUCUUUGACGACUUCUCCGGCAUCACUAACCUCAACUUCAUCCGCUCAUUCGAGAACCUGGUCGUCGGCGCCGUGCACAGCCUCCGCCUGCACCAGGACCUGGACUACAUGCGCAUUCGGUUCAUCGAUCUCGACUCUGCCUGUCCGCCGCUGAACCCGUACUUCCAGCUCGUCGGGACGGAAUGCUGCGGACUCUGGAGCGAGAGCAUUCUGGAGACGCUGUACGAGAGUCGUCCGCAGGCGCAUUUUGUCGAACUCUCAGACGGCAUUUAUCCGCAGUACGGACUCAACCAUCAGAUCGUAGGGGCGGUAUAUCCGCGCACCCGACCACUGAGUAUUCAUGCGUCGACGUAUAAGAUUAUUGCCGACGUUUCCAAACCUUGA